AUGACAGAAUCAGCUCCCGAGAGCGUUUCUAACGCCAUCGCCACGGCUCCAUGGAGCCAAAGACCGCCCAGCCCGCCCUACAUCCCCAUCCCUCUCACGUUUUCCAAGGGUGCCGACUCUGCACUGUUGCCUUCAUUCGACAACGUGGACUCCAUGCACCUGACGAGCGAUGAUCUCAGUAUCAUAACCCGCAACGUCAAACAAACCAUCACUGACAGGUCGGUCGGCUGGAACUAUGAAGCACGCCGCCAAGCACAGCCAAUCCUCGAUUUUCUCUACCUCGGACCGCUCUCUAUUGCUCGCGAUGCCAACUGGCUGGCGCAAAACGGCAUUAGCAUGAUAAUCGUUUCGAGAUUCUCACAAGCUGCACGUUUUAUGAGCGUCGACAAAGCCGCACUGUCACUCGGCAUCAAGGUCGAGUAUUUAGAUGUAGCCGACAAUUUCGAGUUGGUCCGAGGUUUUCCAGAGGUCGUGCGGAAAAUCAACAACCACUUGCUCGAAGUCUACCAUGCACAGGCGCUGGAGAGGCAGGACGGUCGCAUGGUCAUCGACAGCAACAACUUUAGGGGCGGGAAGGUCUUGGUCGUUUGCGAGACAGGCAAUGAUCGAUCAGCCUUCAUCGUUGCUGCAUACAUCAUGACAGUCUACGGACAGCCCAUGAUUCCCAGCGUCCAGUUUGUCUCCGUGCAACGUUUCUCGGUCAACUUUGACGAGGAGAGCAAGAGGAUGCUGCGGGCCUAUGAGGAUCUUCUCAAUGCUCAGAGAAUAGUAUCUGAUGCGACAAGACAUGUCCCCAGAGCGGGCGAAAACGACGGCCGCCAAAAGGGAGGCAAGAGAGGCAUAGAGGCUACGCUAGACGAUGAUGACAGAAUGGAGGGAGAUGGUUACGAUGGAUUUGUCGUCGACCGUGAGCGAUAUGAAGACAGAGCCAAGUUCGUUCCAUUCGUGGACCCAGGCCAGAACUAG